AUGAUUGGUAACUACGUUAAUGAAUUAUUCAACUCGAUACUGGGUACUAGAGCUGGGACGAUGGGUCGGGCUGGCUCAAACAGAUUAUUUGGUUGGAUAGACAUCAUUUUUUCAUUUACAACUCAAACAUUAAAAAUUACAGUUUUGGCCGUUACUGAAAAUUACAAAAAACCAACCUUCCUGAUUUCAUGCUUGGCAUUUUUGACAGCUACUUAUGUAGUGAGUCCUACAAUACUAGCUCUUAGCUCUUCGUUUGAAGGCAACAAACUACUGAAAAAAUGUAAAAGACCCGACAAAAACACUAUCGGAUUUUCUAAUACUGGCAACGACUGUUUUGCUAACUCUACGAUACAAGCCCUUGUUCCACUGAAAAAACUGAACAUUUACUUUACUGCAAUGAUUGAAUAUCCCCUUCCGCAGUCCAUAGUACGAUAUCCGAUGCCCCUACACUUGGCUCUAAUUGACAUACUCGAAAAACUUCAAAAACCGGUAUAUAGCAAGACAACCAUGUCAGUUUGGACGUUGCUUCACCUCCUUGAGACAAUACACCAGGGAAAAAUUUCGAGAGCACAGCACGAUUCUCACGAAUUGUUGUUGCUCCUCAUCGAUACGCUUGAAGAAGAAUAUCUCAAGUUCUUUUCUUUUAUUUCAACAUCAGACGAUGAGCUAAAGAAAACAAUAACGAAACCACCACAAUUCCCAUUUAGCUCAGUUAUUGAGUCUAAACUUUGCUGUAUGAAUUGCAAGGAAACAUCAUUUCCGAUCAAAAACCCGAUGAUGAUGUUGGAAUUGACGACGCCGCAGUCCUCCCACUCGUCUUUGGAAACAAUGAUUAAAAGAAGUAACUCUGAGGUAAUUGAAGGCUUUUCAUGCUUUAUAUGCAUGAUAAAGCACAUACUAUUCAAUCAGAGUAAUUUGCAGUUGACGCCAGACCAAAAGAGCUUUCUGCUAGAGGUACAGGAUCGACUGAUGACGAGGAGUCUUGUAAUCAAUGACGAGCUUAGUGAGCACCAGGCUUACAAAGCAAUAAUCUUUUCUAAUCUGGGCUUACAACACGAAAACUUAAAGACAACUGUGCAUAGACAGACUGAUUUUAUUGAGUUUCCACAAAUCCUUCCCAUCCAUUUAUCCAGAUCGAUGUUUGAAGAUUCUCAAUCCUGGAGAAAUGCAUGCACUAUAGAAUUCCCACCUACACUAGAAUUCACAACGAGAGAAAAUUCUGACCCGGUUAUCUAUACCUUGCGAAGCGUGAUUCGACAUAAGGGGACUCCCUCUUUUGGUCAUUACGAAUGCUAUCGAAAGAAGCCUCAGUUUUAUAAAGUACGGGAGGGAGAGUACUCGAAUGAUUCUCCAGCUAUUGUUUGUGGAAACGAUAGAUCUCAGAACAGCAGAAUAAUUCAUAGCCAAAAAAAUAUUAGGAGAAAACAUAAAAAGUUGCUAAGUGUUAUCAAUAAACCAUAUUGGAGGAUUAGUGAUAGUAAAGUAACCGAAGUUUCUGAAAAUAGCGUACUUGCCGAUGGGAAAGCAGCAUAUAUGUUGCUCUACGAACAAUCAUGA